AUGCUACUCAACUAUGCAGCCACCCACCCUGAUGCCAUCCUCCGAUACAAAAGGAGUGGCAUGAUCCUACAUUUACACUCCGAUGCCUCCUACCUAUCAGCACCCAAAGCUGGGUCCAGAGCAGGACGCUACUUUUUCCUGAGCAAUGGAAGUCUAGACAAUGCCCCAUCAAAUGGAGCUGUGCACGUUGUAGCAAAGAUAAUGAAAAACGUUCUUAGCUCAGCAGCAGAAGCCGAAGUCGGCAAUGCCUUCAACAAUGCACAAGAGGCUUGUCCAAUUCCACAAACACUCAUUGAAAUGGGUCACCCCCAGCCAGCCACACCAAUCCAAACAGACAACAAGUGGGCUGAAGGAAUCCUCACUGGCACCAAGAAACAAAAGCGAUCCAAGGCCAUCGACAUGAGAUUUUACUGGCUCAAAGAUCGCAUCGAACAAGACCAGCUCACCAUCUAUUGGCGCCCUGGCAUUACCAACAAAGGAGACUACUUCACCAAGCACCAUCCUGCAUUGCAUCAUAGGGCAAAAUGUGCAAAAUAUAUACAUGAAAGUGUACAAGCAACCAACUUGCCCACACAGCAAUGA